AGGGGAGGGGAGGGCAGGGCAGGCAGGGCCCGCCCCCGCCCGCAGCUCCGCCGCAGCCCUCCGGGGUGGCUCCGGGCCCGCCGGGGGACGCGCCCCCCACCCGGGGCCUGCGGCGGGGGCGCCGGAUAAAGCGGUGCCGGCCGGCCGGCCCCCGGCGGGACGGGACGGGCAGGGCCCGGGGGGGCCAUGGCGAGCCCCUUGCAGCCGCAGCAGGAGCUGACGGCCCGCGGCGAGCAGCGGCUGCUCUGGGGGAGCGGCGCGGCGGGGGCGAAGCGGCAGCCGUCGGGGGAGCGGGCGGAGGGGCUGCUGCUGCUGGAGCUGCGCCGCUGCCCACGGUCGCCGGCCCUCGGCGUGGAGGGGGAGGAAGAGGAGGAUGAAGAGGAGGAGGAGGAGGCGACGGCGGGCCCGGGCUGCUGCCCCAAAUGCAAGAAGCGGGUGCAGUUCGCCGACUCGCUGGGGCUGAGCCUGGCCAGCGUGAAGCACUUCAGCGACGCCGAGGAGCCGCGGGUGCCGCCCGCCGCCCUGUCCCGCCUGCAGAGCCCGCCCGUCGAGGCGGGGGAGCCCGGAGCAGCCCCGGGGCUCCCCUCCAGCGGGGCCCGGCCGCCGGCUGCCCUGCUCCUGGAGCCCGACUUCCCCGACGGCGGGGCGCCGUCGUCCGAGCGGCUGCGGCGGCAGCGGGUGUGCCUGGAGCGGCUCUGCCGGCCCGCCUCGGCCGCCGGCGUGCGGGGCACGGUGCAGGUGCUGCCGUGCGGCGGCCCCGCCGAGGUGACGGUGCGCUACACCUUCAACGAGUGGCUCUCCUUCAUGGACGCCCCCGCUGAGCCCCUGCCCGCCGCCGCGACGCCCGCCGUCGAGCCGCCGGCCGAGCGCUACGGCUUCACCCUGUGCGUCCCGCCGAGCCCGGGGGAGGGCUCGGCCCUGCACUUCGCCGUCCGCUAUCGCAGCCAGCAGGGCGAGUACUGGGACAACAACGAGGGCCGCAACUACACGCUGCGGUGGUGCCGCCGCGCCCCCGACGGCUGCCCCGACAUGGCGGCCGCGCCCCUCCACUGACGGGGCGGGGUGGGGGGGGGCACACCUGAGGUAGAAACGGGGCGUCGCCGGCUCGCGGGGUCCUUUUUAUUACGUUUUGGAGGAUAUGAGGGGACUGAGUGGCGUGUGGUUUGGUGUUGGCCGUAGUGAGGUAUUAUCUUUUUUUUUUUUUUUUUUUUUCCUCGACGUCAUUUUCUGAGGCUUCGAUUCGGGCUUCAACGCACCCACCUGCUCGCCGGAGCACCCCAGUGACACGAGCCCCGCGUUCACCGCAGAUGUAGCACCGCACCCCGCUUC